AUGAUGAGCAGUAAGCGACUCCAGAAGGAGCUCAUCAAAGUCCAAGGACAACUGGCGCCUGGCAUUACCCUCGUCCAAGCAGAGAACCUCAAGACAUGGCUCAUGGACAUCCAAGUCAUGGAUGCAAACCCCAUCUACCAGGGCGAAACAUACCGCCUCAAAUUCGAAUUCAGCUCAAACUACCCCAUCGAGCCGCCAGAAGUCGUCUUCAUUCGCCAUCCUGAUCGCCCUAUCCCCAUCCACCCUCACAUCUACACUAACGGCAUCAUCUGUUUGGAUCUACUCGCUUCUCAAGGAUGGUCGCCGGUGCAGAAUGUCGAGAGUGUUUGUCUCAGCAUCCAAAGCAUGUUGACCGGCAACUCCAAGAACGAGCGUCCUCCUGGCGAUGCCGAGUUUGUGAGGACCAACCGCCUUCGCCCUCGCGAUGUUGCCUUCCACUUUCACGACAACGAAGUUUGA